CUGUGUCCCCCAAGGAAAGAGCGAGAAAGAGAUUUUACUGGUAAGUUAUACAAAAAUCUCGUUUUUUGGCGCAUGGUGAUAAAGCAUCUAAAUUUAUGAUGCGCAGAAUAAAGAACAGGAAAUCAACAAACUUUAUUCAUCAAAUAGAUUCCCCUCAAGGAACACCCCUCUUUUCUUCCAAAGCUAUAGGGGCCACAUUUCGUGAGUUCUACGAAGCCCUUUACAAUUUACCCCAAACACUCACCACCGAGACUCACUCAUCUAUUAUUUCUUCCUUCCUAGAUUCACUUGCGAUACCAACUAUCUCCAACGGUCAGAAACAAAAACUUGCUUCCCCGUUCACUUUAGAGGAACUUUCAACUGCUCUAAAACAGACUCCCUCUGGCAAAAGCCCGGGCCCAGAUGGCCUUCCAGUAACGUAUUAUAGAACUUAUCAGCAAUGUAGACUCCCCCACCUCCUGUCAGUAUGCAAUUUACCUUACUAGGGAAAGAACUCUCCAGGGAUAUGACAUUAGCUCAUAUUACCCUGAUCCCAACAGAAGGGAAAGACCCUAAACAAUGGGCCAACUACAGACCCAUUUCUCUCCUCAAUAUUGACCUUAAGUUAUUAGCGAAACUAUUAGCCAAUCGUUUAGCAGCUCUUCUUCCUUCAGUGGUGCCUGGGGAUCAGGUAGGCGAAGGUAGGGACAAUACCACCAGAGUCUUAAAUAGAAUGCAAUUUUCUGUUACCCGGUCCAGACCUCUCCUCCUAUUGAGUACGGAUGCAGAAAAAGCAUUCGAUAGAAUCAAUUGGUCUUUUUUGCGACAUAUUCUUUACCGAUUUGGCCUGCCUGAUCCCUUUGUACAAGCCACGUUCGCAAUGUAUGCUCAGGCUUCGGCCUCCGUUUUGAUCAACGGGGACUUAUCAGACCCCUUUGAUAUCCAAAAUGGUACCAGGCAGGGGUGCCCUCUUUCCCCCUUGCUUUUCGUCCUCGCUUUAGAACCCCUCCUCCUCAAAUUAAGAGCCGACGCUGCAAUCCAAGGAGUAAAGCUGGGAGGUACGGAACAUAAGGUUUGCGGACGAUAUUAUGAUAAUGACCUCAAAUCCUAAGAACUCACUCUUAGCGAUUCAGAAACACCUUGAUACCUAUAGUUCCAUCUCCAACUUUAAAAUUAACAAGCAAAAAUCACUGGUGAUUUGUUUUGGGAUCCCCCAAUCAACACAAAGAAGUGUAAAAAGAAACUCCCCGUUUAAUUGGUCUCCCCCCACUUAACAUACUUAGGGGUCAAAAUGAGCUCCAACCCUUCAGCACUAUUUUCACUCAACUACGCUCCACUAUUAAAGGACAUUUCCUCUAGCAUUGAUACACUGGAAAAUCCGACCAUAUCUUGGUUCGGCCGCAAGAAUCUACUUAUGUCCUUGAUACUCCCCCCCCUAACAUAUUUACAGCAAGGAUCACCCAUCCCAGUUCCCAAAACCUACUAUGACUCUUUGAGGAAAUUGUUUCGUACAUUUAUCUGGAAAGGAAAGAAACCUAGAUUAUCUUUCGAGCUCCUAUCACGUCCCAAGUAUUAUGGAGGUAUCGCCCUCCCCGAUCCAGAGACAUAUGGAAGGGCGAUUCUUUUAUCCAGAAUAAUAGAGUGGCUCAGACCUAGUAGUACCAAACCAUGGGUAACAAUAGAACAGGAGCUAAUAAAUACACCUUUCAGAUCUCUCUUACUAGGCAAUAACAACACAUGCAACCUACCUCCCUCGCCAUAUCCAAUUAUUCAGGCCACUCUGAAAGCGUGGAGAUGGCUUCCAUCAUCUCACUGCGCGAUACCCUUCCCAUCCCCCCUCCUCUCUAUAAAGGAUAUUUUGGGAAUUGCCUUACCUGCAGUAAUUGAAAGUACUCCACGAGAAUUGAGGGAGUCAUCUACUCCAAUCCUCUCCUUCUUUGACCCUAAUGGAUCAGUACUUCAGCUUAAGGAGUUACAAAAAAUUCUGAACGCCACCUAUCCUCACCUAUCCCCCCCAUCAUACUUACAUACCUUCAUCUCUCAGCACAUAUCGUUAGGGGACCUUUACCGCCCUCUGCUAUGGUCUGAAGCACUCGUUUCCAAUUUCACAAAUUUUCAAAGACUAAACACCCCUACUAUACCAACUAAACCUGCCUUCAUACGACAUUGGGAAAAAGAUCUAGGACAAGAGUUCCCGAUCACAAAUUUGCCAAACCUAUUAUCUUCCCCACAUACCUCCUCUAGAUGUGUCCGCAUACAGGAGAAUGGAUAUAAGAUCCUAGCAAGAUGGUAGAAAACCCCCGACAUAGCGGCGCUAUAUUCAGCAACAGCUUCAGAUAGAUGUUGGAGGGGCCUUGACAGUAGGGGAUCUUUCUUCCACAUUUGGUGGGAUUGCCCAAACAUUAGAAUAUGGUGGAAAGAAAUCUUCCAGAUUAGCAACCAGAUCUGCCAGACUGAGGUGCAAAUGUCUGCGUGUAAAGCCCUACUCACUUUCCAGGAAGACAAGGAAGUACAGCCGAUGCCUUUCCUUUUUAACCGCCUCCGGACCGCCUAACGCAGAUGUGCGUUCCGGAGGUGGCAGCGCUGCGCACAGUCACGCAUAUACACGUCAUCUCGCGAGAUGACGCGAAUAUGCGCGCGCGCAUGCGCAG